GUGCGAAGCUCGUUAGUCAUUUGCCUUCUUGUGCUAAACGGUAUGAUUUGUAUUAUCUGUGCAUGCAGGCUUUCGUGUCGCCUAUAACGUUAGCUUUCCGUUAAGCUGUAAGCAAAUAGGUCAAUCUUCAGGAGUUUUAACGUUGGUAUGGACGCAGGAUUCCAACCGUAGAGACGGAACGGACUAUUUUCUCUAGUGGAAGCAGGGUGGCAAAAGCCGAAGCGUUCCUAUGGCAACGCUAGUAAAUUGCUUGGAAUGGAGACCCAACAUCGACAGUAGCCUAAUUUACAUUUCAACAGGUGAUUGACAUGUUUCCAGUAGUGGUGGUCCAUGGAGGGGCGGGUCAUAUCCCAAAGGAGCGGUCAGAAAACUCCACUUCAGGGGUGCGCUCAGCAACCCGAGCAGGGUACACCAUCCUCCAGAGAGGGGGCAGCAGCAUGGACGCUGUGGUAGAGGCUGUGACCCAGCUGGAGAAUAACCCCUCCUUUAAUGCAGGGUGUGGGUCUGUGCUGAACAUCAAAGGAGAGGUGGAGAUGGAUGCCAUUGUGAUGGAUGGGAAAACACUGGGUAGUGGUGCCGUGUCUGCUGUACGCAACAUAGCCAACCCUAUCCAGCUAGCAAGACUGGUUAUGGACAAGACAGGUCAUGCAUGUCUGACCGCAGAGGGGGCCAAUCAGUUUGCCCGAUCCAUGGGUGUCCCUGAGGUGCCUCUAGAGUCCCUCAUCACCGACUACUCUCGCAUGCGCUGGAAAAAGAACCUGGCACCUGAUGCCAACCCUGUGGAGUGCCAAAUGGGGAAGAUGGGCACGGUUGGAGCAGUGGCAGUCGAUAGUGAGGGCAACGUAGCCUGUGCGACCUCCACUGGUGGGAUGCUGAACAAGAUGGAGGGACGGGUGGGCGACACACCCUGCAUUGGGUGUGGAGGUUAUGCUGACAACCAGGUGGGAGCAGUGUCAACUACAGGCCACGGAGAAGCCAUCAUGAAGGUUGUUCUAGCCAGACUCAUCCUGUUCCACAUGGAGCAAGGUCAGUCAGUAGAGGCUGCCAGUGAUUUAGCUCUGGCCUACAUGAAGUCCAGAGUAGGUGGGCUGGGUGGGGUGGUGACAGUGGACCCUCAGGGCCAAUGGGCCGCUCGCUUCUCCAGUCUGCAGAUGGCCUGGGCUGCAGCCCAGAAAGAUACCCUGCACUAUGGUCUGUACACUGGGGAACACUUCACCCAGAGCAUCGAUGACCCACUCUGAUAUAACCCAAAUAGGUUCCAUAUUUGUAAGCUUAGAUUUUGCACUGAAUCAAGAAUAGUAAUACUACUUGAUACUCAUACAAAUAUUGCUAAAUACAAUUUAAGGUGUUCUGAUGGUUAAACAUUUUAGUAUUGAUUAAUAUUAAUAUUUUUGUAAUUGUAUUGAUUGUGUUAUAGAACUUAGUGAAGAAAACAUACAGACAGGCUCAACUGAUUAGUUAGCCCCCAUCAUGAAAUCAGAGGGUGUUCACCAGGUGCAUGGCGGCAGCCCUUGCACCUCUGCAGUCUUCAGGGCAUGACGAUCCUGCCGUACCUGGAAGGCCAAGCUGGGCUUAAAGGUAAACCUAGACAAAAGUUGCCUAAACCCCUCUCAGACCACAACUUUCAUUGGUGUGGCCUUAGACACGACAACCAUGAGGGCCCGUCUGUCCCCUCUCCAUGUGGAAAAUAUUAUCCACUUACUUGCCCUCUUCCAAAUGGGGGGAUUAUUGCCCUACGUCAUGUUCCUGGAUCUCUUGGGCAACAUCAGUGUCGACAGUUGUCCCUGCAGAGGUGGCUGAACAGCUUCCACGUGGACGCCAAGUGGCACAGACACCGGAAGCUCAGGGUUUCACAGCAGUGCUUUCUCGGCCUGGCUACAUGGAGGGGCAUCCCUAUGGACUCUGCCCCAUCCAGAUAAGAGAUUGACACCACCGAUGCAUGCCUUCAGGGUGGGGCUCAGUGUGGCAGAGUAGGACAGUUCAAGGACAUUGCUCUGUGCACGACCGCACCAAACACAUCCAUGUUCUGGAGCUGCAAGUGGGGCACCAAGUUCUCAAGCACUUACUGCUGUACCUGAGAGGAAGUCAUGUGCUUGUACGGUCAGACAACAUUUUCGACCAUCUUCCAUAUCAACCACCAGGGUGGCACCAAUUACGCACGGCUGCUGCAGGUGUCCCAGGACCUCCUGACGUGGGCAGCUCCCCGUCUGCCCAACCUGCGAGCAAUGUAUCUACUGGGAGACCAAAACCAGGUGGCAGACUUCCACUCCCGUCACAAGCCAAUUCCAGGGGAGUGACGCCUCCAUUCAGAGGUGGUGCGUGCAAUCUGGAACCUCUUUGGCAGAGCGGAGGUGGAAUUCUUUACCUCAGAGACAUCGACCAACUGCCCCCUUUGGUUCUCCCUGACAGAUAUGACCAGCCCUCUAGGCCAGGAUGCGCUGGCUCACCCUUGGUCCGAGGGUCUGCUGUAUGCCUUUCCACCGCUUCCGCUGAUUUGGCUGACACUUAGAGAGUCAUUCCGAAGGGUCACAGGAUGUCACUGGUGGCCCCCCUUCUGGUCAGCCAGGACAUGGUUCUCUCUGAUCCACAGACUUUGUUGCAGCGUGCCGUAGCGCCUCCCAGACAGGAAAAACCUACUGCCUAAACUGAGAGGUCGGAUCUGGCAUCCCAACCCUCAGCGCCUCCACCUGUGGGUUUGGCCCGAACAGCUGCUGAGCAGCUGCAUAGACCCUGUCAAGCAGACCAUCAUGAACGCCAGAGCGCUGUCCACCCGCAUCCAGUAUGACAACAGGUGGAAGCUAUUCGGUCAUUGGUGUACAGGCCCGAGUGAGAACCCAGUACACCGUGCCUACCAUCCUGGAGUUCAUGCAGUCCCUCUUGGAUGACAGCACGUCUCCCUCUAUCCUGAAAGUGUAUGUUGCGGCAAUAUAACGUUGACAUGCUAAGGUUGACAGUGGUACAGUGAGAAGUCAUAAUCUGAUGUCUCUCUUCCUGACAGACAAGGGAGGGAACAAACCAGAAAUUGUGGGCCCAGUACAGGCCCUGGGAGCCUAUAUUGCAGCUACCACGGGCAUUCGGCGUUCAGAACAGCUGUUCCUCUGCUAUGAUGGCCCGAAUUAAGGUUGUGCUUUCUUGGAGAGAGCUCCCACUGGGUUGUGGAUGGCAUUAGCCAUGCAUAUGGGAUGAGUAACCAUCCCCUGCUCUCUGGCAUGAGGUGCCACUCUACUAGGAGUGUUUCCACAUCAUGGUCUUCCCUGAGAGAUGUAUCCCCUGGAGAACAUUUGUGCAGCUGCAUCAUGAGCAUCACUGGGCACAUUCUCCAGGUUCAAUAGGGUCAAUCUUGCCAUUACCCAUCUACUGGGGGUGGUCCUCCUUCCACGGUCCCCUUAAUCUCCUCAAUGAGGUGGGUAUUCAGGAUUCCUCGUGACUCUGCUGGUAUAAGUCAUUCAGUGCUUUAAACACCGCCUCUGGUGGUCAACAGGGAUGAAAUGGAACGAAAGUUAUGAAUGUAACUAUGGUCUGUGAACCCCGAAUGACCCGCAGAGCGCUCUAUCACUCAGAAUUCUUGUGAUCUUGUGAGAGGAUUCUGUAGGAACAGUUCCCCUGAUUACACCAGAAGAUAUAGCCUCUCCGUGAACCAUCACCUUAUCGUGGUGGAGACGUUUGUGUGUCUCUGUGAA